AUGAAUUCGGAAAUAAUGUACAAUAAUUUUUAAAUAUAGCAAUGGUGGAUAAUUUGACAAGAAUGGAUUAAAGGAUGGUUGGUGGAUCGAGUUGAAUGAUAGCAUAACUAAGUAUGUAUUAUAAUGAUUUUAAAGUCAGAGUCAAGUUUCUUAUUACUUUGGAGAAUAUAAGUUAGGAAAAAAAAUUGGUAGAUGGGAAACUAAAAUUAAGUUUGACAACUUUAUUGAAUUUGAAGUGAUGUAGAGAAUUAUUAAUAAUUAAAGUGGUGAAGGAAUAUAUGAUUAGAAUGAAAUCAAAAUUGGUUAAUGGGUGGAAUUAGUUAAUAAUUAUUCCAAGUAUUGUCAUACUAAAUAGUAAAAAUUAGGUUAAAUAUUCCGGUGUUUAUAAAAAAGGAUACAAAAGUGGUUAAUGGUAUACUUUAUAAAAAUAAGACAAUGAUUUUGAGAUUGUGUAAUAAUUAUAGAAUAUUCAUGAAGUGGAGGGGGAUUUUAUGAAGAAGGAUUGAAAAUUGGAAAAUGGAUGGAAUUGAGUUCAAAUAAUGACUAUCACUUCACUCAUAUUGGAGAAUAUAAUCAAGGUUUAAGGAUUAAUAGAUGGAAUAUUUUAUUUUUGAAUCCAGAUACUGAUGAUUACAAAAUUAUGUAUUUGAAAAAAUAUGAUUCAUAGAGGUGGAGGUUCAUAUAAUUUAAAUGGAAUGAAGCAUGGAAAAUGGGUAGAAGUAUAGAAUAAAAAAGGAGAGUAAUUAAAUUUAUAAUUAGAUUUGACAUAUUUGCUUACUCUGGAGAAUAUAAAAAUGGAAAAAAAUAUGGUAAAUGGGAGAUUCUUUAAGGAUCAACUACAAAACAAGAAUAUUUUAUUAUGUAUAAUUUAUUAUAAACGGUUUAGCGGAGGAGGUAGUUUUGAUGAAAAUGGAUUUCAACAAGGCUUAUGGAUGGAUAUAGAGUAAUGUUCAUUUUAGUUUGAUUAAUUUAAUUACAAUGGAUUAUUUGUUCUUUCUAUUGGUAAAUAUUAAAAAGGGAAGAAAAUUGAAAAAUGGGAUACCAUAUUUCAUAUUGAUAGAGUAAAGGAAGCUAAAAAUUUGUAAAUUAUUUUAUGAUAACAAAAGGGGAGGCGGAUAGUUUGAUGAAAAUGGAAUCAAGUAGGGUUAGUGGACUGAAAUACAUGAUAAAUUUCAUAGGUUUCUAAUUUGAAUAAAUAGUAGUGAGAAAUAAAUAACUUAUUUUGGAUUUUAUAAAGAUGGAGUAAAAGUUGACAAAUGG